AUGCAGAACAAUACUUUUAUUAAAGAAUUCUACUUGGUGUUGUUUUCCGUAAAAUCAGGAUAUACAUCAUUAACUACCAGCGUGUUUUUCUUCCUAUAUGUGUUUGGAGUUCUCAUCAAUUGUAGCAUAAUCACAGUGAUAUCCACUGAUGUUCAGUUACACACCCCCAUGUAUGUAUUUCUCUGUAACCUGGCCAUAGCAGACAUAUUUUUUACAACCACUACUGUCCCUAACCUGCUGUACAUGUUACUAUCUGGAGAUAAUACAGUGUCCUUCAUACAAUGCUUCUCCCAGUUAUACUUUUAUAUUUUCGCUGCUGGUGCAGAAGAUAUUCUAAUAUUCAUUAUGGCAUAUGACCGGUAUGUUGCUAUAUGUGACCCUUUGCACUAUCAAGACAUCUUAAAUAGGAAACACUGCAUCUUAUUGGCAUCUGGCACUUGGAUAGUAGGACUCUUAAACUCAAUAUUGUUUACAAUUCAAGCAUCACUCAUGUCCUUCUGCCAUUCGCACACCAUACACCAGUUUUUCUGUGAGCCUAAAGCAAUGAUUAAUAUCGCCUGUACUGGCAGUGAGGAAUUUUAUAUUGUCGUCUAUGUGGAAUUUUUGAUAUUUGGAUUUAUCCCAGCUAUGUUCUGUUUCACAUCUUAUAUAAAAAUUAUCAGAGUAAUCUUACAGAUAAAAUCUAAGGACGGCAGAAAGAAAGCCUUCUCCACCUGCUCAUCCCACCUCACCGUUGUCAUUAUGUACUAUAUGGCAGGUUUAUGUGCAUACAUGAUGCCAACAUCAGAAUCAUCUAAUGUCCUAGAACAGGUCCUUACAGCAGUGGAUGCAGUUGUUACACCCAUGAUCAAUCCUCUCAUCUACAGUCUACGGAAUAAAGAUGUGAAAAGUGCUCUGCUGAGACUACUGGGGAUACAUUUAAAUGUUAAAAAAUAA